AUGAGCAGUUAUGAGCAAGCGACGGUGGCCGACGGUGCCGCACCGUCACUCACCGUCGGUUUUUCAAUGUUCAUGCAGAGUGCUGUAGAUAUUCGAGAUAAGCAGCGGCGAUUUGGCAGCGGCGGUGGCGGUGACGGAGGUGGCGGUGGCGGUGGCGGUGGCGAUGGCCGGACAAGGGCGACUCGAGAAAUGGGCUUCGACGGAGUUCUACUGAAAUCAGUGCUGGAGAGUUUUGUUGAUGAGAUCGCGGAAGAGUCGAGCGAAUUGAUACUUGAACGACCACGAUACGCCUACGCUGUCGUAGUGAUAGCUGACGAACACGAAUUAUGCGAGGCAAGUUGCGUUCGACAACUGGAUGUGGAGAUUUUACAACCUCACAAUUCGUUAGGGUACCAAGAUGACUAUGAUUCGGAUAUUCAGCGAGCUCUACGGGAACUGAAAGAAUCCCGAGAUCUUCUAGCAACUCCGAGAAACAGUGUGGCAGUAGAUGUAACGAAUCUCUCCAUGGAAUCGAACCGCUACAGUAAUGAAGCUUCUUUUUUGACUAGGAGCAAUCAUUUUGCGGAGGAUAUAAAGGAAUCAACAAAUCCUAACAGAAGAACUGCCAUCCAGUUUCCUUCAACGUCACGUUCGAGGAUCUAG